CAUCGAAGCGAACGAACCAAAAAUAAAGACGAAAAGAAAAUGGCUGUGGGUCAAACCAACCCAGAUAUCUUCAUAGAGGUGGGAAGUAACACCCGACCUGACAGCAAGCUGCAGAAUUGCUGCGUCAAUCGUCAGAGAUUGCACUCCAUCAUAACAGGAAUGGUAAUAUUUUCCUAUGGAGGCAUGGACAUGGCACAGGGUCUCGGCUGGAAUUUGUACACUGGAAUCGCAGACACCCAACAAUUUUCGUUCUGUUGGUUCAUUGGCGUCAUUAUUGGGGCGAUAUUGGGAGCAGCUGCAUUUAGCCACGUGCCCAAACUCUUCUUCUACGCCUUUGCAACUGUGCUGCAGCUGAUCGAUGCCAUUAUCUGUGUGAGUGCGCCGUAUAACUACGAUGCUAUGGUCGCAGCUCGAUACAUUGGAGGCAUUGGCAUUGGCUUCAUAUCGGUGGCCUUUAUCAUACACAACGCGGAGGUGGCGCCAAACGACGCUCGCGGCAAGUGGUGCGCCGUAGAGCAGUCCGGCCUGGGCUUGGGCAUAGCCGUGCAGGUGAUCAUGGACUCAAUGUGGAACCCGGCCCUGCCCUUUGGCAACAAUCAAGUCCACGGCAUCAUUGGAAUUGUGUUUGCUAUUGUUGCCAUAGCCGUCCUGAUACUCUCGGUGGAGUCGCCCAUCUUUUACCUGCGCCGCAAUGAUUACGACAAGGCCAGUGAUUGCCAAUGGGAGCUGAUGGAUAAAAAAGCAACGCCAAAGGAUCAGCGUGAGGCGCUGGAGGAGAACAAAAGUUACGUCUCGGAGGGCACACACGAAACCAUUGGGCACGAUCUAGUCGUUGCCAUCGUUCCCUGCAUCAAAAUGCUGCUCUGCCGCUGCCUCGUCGCAUUCAGUUUUUCGAUGCCGCUCACCCAGACAAUCAUAGCGAGCAGCGAUGCCUGGAAGGGCACUCUAUACAGCUGGCCAAUCAUCGUGUGGAGAAUUUUGCGUUGGAUCGGCACUCUCAUUUCCAUAUUAGUGAUGGACAAGCUGGGCCGCAAGCUCCUCGCCAUGCUGGGCCUUGUCUGCAUGGGCGGCCUGAUGCUGGGCAUGGCCGGCAUCUACUCCAACUACGCCAACACGAAUAGUCCAUACUACAUGGGGCAGGUAUGUCGCCUCUCCAUGGCCUUCCAGAUGUUUGCCGGCCUGUUCGUUGCAUGCACGCCCGCCUACAUGGGCGAGGCAUUCCCCAUGCGAGUCAAGCCCUUCUGCGUUGCCCUCAUCGUGUGCAUCGAGCAACUGAUCCACAUCAUUGUGAUCGUCACCUUCAAAAAGACUCCAGACAGCUUUUACAAAUACUAUUUGGCUGUCGGCAUUAUCCUACUCAUAAGCAUGCUGAGCCUGUUGGUGACGCUGCCAGAAACGACAAAGAUGACACUACGAGAGGCUGGCCAUCGCUUCCGCCGCCUUCAUGACAUAUCAUUUCGAGGCCCACUAACGAAGAUACGAUGA